AUGUAUCGUAACCCGCAGUGGUUCAUGGGUAACGCCAUUUAUACGGAAGAUGAAUUAUUGGGUGUAACAAUCAAGAUUGCCCGAGAGGAUGAGGAAAACAAGGAGCAGGCUAGUACCCACGGAUGGUAUUCAGAUAGCAUUGAGGCACGAGUAGACGCUGAGAAAGAAAGGGCGGAAAGAGGUUUGUUCGAGAAAAAACUUGAUAUAGUCAUAGCAAGCAAGGAUAUCGAUAAAAUCAGCGACGUCGUCACACCUUAUGGACUGGGUAGCUGUCAGACUAACUGCCUGGAGAAGGCUAUGGAGGUCAGCAAUAAAUUACAUGAGUAUGCUGAAGAGAAUGGGCCUGGCGCCGAUGAAUUUCGGAAGCUCUACAUUUCUGUUCAGGAUUUUACUGUUCACUUGAUUGAUCCACUAAAGGGCGACCAUAUGAAACGUGCGAUCUUCGGUGGAGAUGACUUUGGUAGAGUGGUGGACAAAGCCGUGGUAUUCAAACAAAAAAAGUUCGUCUCUCAUCCCGUCAUCUACACACUCUUGAUGAGGAAAUGGAUAGGGCGAUUCUCACGCUUGCGUCAAGCUCCUUUCUUGUCAUAUGAUUGGCUGAUCUGGGUCCUGAUUAACAUGUUGAUCCCGCUGGACAUGGUGUUAUUUCCGUUUGUUUUUGCUGUUAUGUACCUUAUUCAUAAGAUUUUGAAUUUUAUCAAGCGGAACAAAGUUUACCACAUACUGUAUUUAUGGAAACCAACCAGCCGCCAUGUAUAUCCUAGAUAUAGUUUCCAAGUGAUGAAAGCAGUCACAAAGAAGAUCAUGCAAAACAACGACCUUAUCAAAAACGUAACGCAUGCCGCCGUGUUGCAAGCCGCUGACCAAGAUCCUGUCCGUUAUCCGACAUUGAAUGAAAAAGAUGUUGAAAGUAUCGAUCUUCCUGCUCGCGAUACCACAAGUCUGAAGCAGUCUGAAAUCACAGAAACCUCAAGAAAAGUUCAAUUCACAUCUGCACUAACAACUGUUAAAGAGACGCUCGCCAAAGCCCAAGCUGACAAAAAGGUUCUAGUUCUAUUGACGGAUGACAAGUUGAUGGAUGACAAAUACAAGGUGGAGCUUAGCAACAUCAGAAACGGGUUCUCCUCUCACCACAUCACGACGGUUGCCAUAGGCAUCGGGAUUCAUUCUGAUAUUAAAGAUUUGGACGCCAUAGCGACUCGUCAGGAAAAUGUCCUAUUUUUUUCGGAUUUAAACAUUGAAGACGUUGGUAAAAUCAACAAAAGCAUAUAUGGACAUGACUAUUUCGAUCGCUACAUGGAUUACUUCACGACCCCGUAUUUCGUGUUUGCACGUGACACGUGUAGCUACCUCGUGCUGUUGGCGUUCCACUUCCUCGUCUGUCUGCAGCUCUCGUCCCAGGCCUUCACUGUCGUCGAGUGGCUUAUCCUAGUUUUUUUUGUUGGUCGCCUUCUAAACGAGGUCCAUCAACUCAUUUGGACCAAGCCUGGUAAGAUUGACGUCACUAGUCCAAAGGGAGUUGAUCCACUCCGAAAAUAUCUGAGCGAUCGCUGGAAUGUUCUAGAUCUUCUCACCCUCCUCUCCUACGUCAACAUCCUGAUUCUGAGGGUUAUCACGUGGGUAUCAGGUGCCAAUGUAUCCCAGAACCGCUUGCUUGCCGUGGCGGGCUACUUGUAUGGACUCAAUGCCAUGUUGCUGACGCUUAGGGUGUUUGGACACAUGAUGGAGUCCAAGAAAUCAACCGGGGCAAUCCAGAUUGCGCUCUUCCAGAUUAUUGGUGCUGUUGUCACCAUAUUGGGGCAAUUUUUGGCGGCAACCCUGGCUUUCUCUUUGGCCAUUACAAAGAGUUAUAUGGUGGAGGUAUCAUAUGCGACGCCCUCUUCUCAUGCUUCGCAUGGCUUCUGCAGAGAGCCAGGAAUAAAUUGUUGGUGGGGUGCCGUGCGGCAUUUGAUCUGGUCCCUUUUGGGUCGUGUGGACUUGGAAUCUCUGGAAUCCUCAGAUGGUUCCUCGGAAUUGCUGGCCAGAGUCCUUUACGGAUUAUUCCUCAUCAUGGGCGUGCUGAUGCUUAUGAAUAUGAUGAUUGCACUUCUAUCAAACACCUAUCAACAAGUAGAGGAUAACUCAUUGUACGAAUGGUCGUACACGAAAGCGAUCACAAUCAGAACCUACAUCGGUUAUCACCCAGUCCCAGUCCCCUUCAAUAUUGCCUCUCUGUUUGUACUGCUGGUGGGCUACCUGUGGAAGACCUGUCAACAGAGGUGUUGUCGUGUUGAUUAUAAGGCAUGUAGGACAGCCGAGAUGUCUGAACUGAAGAAACUAGAAAAGGUCGAUCCUAUAUUCGAGCGCCUGCUAAAGGACCUUCGUUCUGCGUACAGCUCUGUUUACGGAUAUUCUUUUUCAAUGACAGAUGGAAGCAAAAUUGAUCGGGUUGUCGAGGAGACUGCGAAAAAUAGUCGAAUGGUCGGACACAUCGCCAAACAAGUCUUCCGCGAGGACAAAGCCGAGACGAUGGGCUUCCCAUCAGGGAAAGCGGCCUGGGACUCUGUCGGAAUGAGGAUUGACGGGAAUCAGCUGAUGUACCUCGGCCCAGACUCUUGUAUAUGCUCCCUCUUUGAAAAGCCAGAGGUUCAUCAUGGCGCUAGAUACGAUCGCCAUCUCACCCGCGAUUUCCCUGGUUUCGAGGUCCUCAUUCAAGAUUGCGAUGAAAACCGCUCUCUUGCUGUUGGGCUAGUUAGCAGAGGCUACAACUUGCACUUGUUUCCAGGCUGGCAAAGCAACACGGUCGGUUACCACGUGGGUAAUGGGAAAGUAUUUGACUACAAAGAUCCCAAAUUUGGGAGAGCUGAGGAUGCGGCCAUGGCAAACCGAGGAGAUCUUAUCGGAUGCUUUGCCGCUUACGACAAACUCAACGAGAGCGACGGCACACUGCCUGUCGUGUUCACCCUGAAUGGACGAGAGGUCGGAAAAGGCUUCCUAAAGGUCGAUGCUGAUUUCUACCCCUAUGUUGCCAUGGGAACCGACGUCACUGUCAUUGUCAAGAUGCGACCCAAAUGUGAUAGUACAGCUGACCGUAGCGACAACUUGGUCACACCACAACAGAUAGCUGAUCUUCAAAAGCAAAAUGACAACCUCGCUAAUGAAAUACGCAUGUUAAGAAUAGAGCUGGAACAAUUUUUGACUGCUGCCAAAAGCAAAAGUACCUGGUGGUGGUGAUUGUGGUAUUUAAAGGGAUCGUAUUAGGGUGAUUAUAGUGGAUAUGAUGCUGGAGAAGAUGGUAAUGUUGAGCUGGAAAAGGGAUGUUGAAAAUUAUGGUGAUGUUGAUACCGAUGGGGGGGUUGUCAAUGAUGAUGAUAGAUCCUGCCAAAUUUGUGUAUUCAAGGAUAUGACUAUUAUCGCAUUAUUUUUGCUAAGGUCACUAACAAAAAGCAUGCAUGUGGUAUGGUAAAGGUGAUGGUAACAAGUUAAUGGUUAUGACUUUAUUGCAGAUUGGGUUUCACUAGUUGUGGGAUUUCAUAACAAAUCUCAAAGAUUACUUUGUAAUAAUCUUAGUUAAUAUUGAAUAUUAACCGAUUUUG